UAAUUGGCCAUACCAUCGUCACGGUAUUAAUGCUCGUUUCACUGCACUGGUUCAUCUUCCUUCUCAACGUGCCUGUUGCCACUUGGAAUAUAUAUCGGUUCAUUAUGGUGCCGAGUGGGAACAUGGGAGUGUUUGAUCCGAUGGAGAUACACAACCGGGUGCAGCUGAAGUCACACAUGAAGGAAGCCAUGAUCAAGCUUGGCUUCCACCUGCUCUGUUUCUUCAUGUAUCUUUAUAGUAUGAUUUUAGCUUUGAUAAAUGACUGAAGCCCGAGGAGCUGUGCCCGAGUCCGUCUGCAGCGCGCAGCCCGGGAGCCACAGGCGGCCGAACUCCUCCUCAGAACCACAACCAUAGAAGUAUAUUUUUUCCUCUUUGAACAAAAGAAAAAUACUUUUGCUGUAUUUUUACCAUAUAACGUAUUU